AUGGCCAGAUAUGACUUAAAGCUCCUCCGGUCACUUCUAUCGCGCUCUAGUGGACCUUCUCGCCCUUUCAGCAAGGCCCAAUCCCGUCGUCUCGCAACCGAGAAGCCUCCCACACCACCGAACAACAAUGAGGACUUUGUCUCAAUAGUUGAUGCCCCUCCACGUCUUGUGCGCACCGGUCAAAAGCACAGUAAAGUCGGUAUUGCGGUACUUUCGCUCAUACCCGUCACUGCCUUCGCUCUUGGAACCUGGCAAAUCCAACGGCUGGAUUGGAAGACCAAGCUCAUCGCAAAAUACGAAGACCGUCUCGUGCGGCCACCGCUACCGCUACCACCGAGGGUUGAUCCCGAAGCGAUCCAUGAAUUUGACUAUAGAAGAGUGUAUGCCACAGGAAGGCUUAGACAUGACAAAGAGAUGCUCAUCGGGCCAAGGACGCUGGAUGGGAAAGAUGGGUUUAUGGUGGUGACGCCUUUAGAACGAGAAGGAGCGAGUACCAUCUUGGUGAACAGGGGAUGGAUCAGCAAAGAGAAGAGAUUCCAAGUCGACAGGGAUCCAGAAAGCUUGCCCAAGGGCGAGAUCACGGUUUCGGGACUGCUCCGGGAACCUUGGAAGAAGAACUUCUUCACGCCCAAAAACCAGCCCGAGAACGGGAAGUUUUAUUUCCCUGACGUUUACGAGAUGGCAGAAGUCGUUGGCGCUGAACCUGUCUGGAUCGAAGAGACCAUGACUCCAGACUUAUUGGUAAGCUACUCGCGAGAGGCGAGGGGGAUACCGAUCGGGAGAGCACCAGAAGUCAAUCUGAGAAACAAUCAUUUACAGUACAUCUUUACAUGGUACUCAUUAUCCGCGGCCACAACAUUCAUGAUGUGGUUGCUAUUGAAGAAGAAGCCAAUUGACAGAGCUCGACGCGUCCGUCAUGUCACCAACUGGUAA